AACAAAGUCCUCUCCUGUGGAGCAAAGAUAAAUACAUGGGCAGUUAAGAGGAUUGAUCAUUUUGAGAGAUCCAGGCCAGAAGAGAGGAAAAGCUGCGCCAAACCCAUCAAAUAGGCGCCAUGGCCGGGAAAAAACGAAGAAGGAACAUUACGCGAUCUGCAAGAGCCGAGCUUCAGUUUCCCGUCAGCCGGGUAGACCGUUUCCUGCGGGAGGGGAACUAUUCCCGACGCCUGAGCUCUUCUACGCCAGUGUUCCUUGCCGGUGUACUCGAGUAUCUGACGUCCAACAUUCUCGAGUUGGCUGGCGAGGAGGCCCACACCAACGGCAGGAAGCGCAUCACCCCAGAACACCUGUAUCGAGUGGUGCAGAACAACGAGCACCUCCAGGAACUCUUCAAAGAGGACACCAGGAACUCUGGGAUUGAUGAGACAUCAGAAGACAGUGACAACUGAUGGGGCCUGGGUCUCAGGGACUGGAGGGUCCACCAGUCUCUUCAGCCUCAACCUGUUCUAGUGUACUACAUGCUAUUAAAGCAUCUAAACUGAAA